UGUAAUUAAGAAAAAAUGUUGCGUUGAUAGAGUAGUUGCUUCAUAAGUUGUGACUAUGAAGGUUAUUGCACCUCGUCCAGAAAAAUUGGCUGGUCUGAUGUCAAUAGCAACGAAGGUUGUCAUACAAAUGAACGCUAAAUUGCGUGGAACUCCAUGGAUGAUUGAUAUGCCUAAUCUUGGUAUUAUGACAUGCGGUUUUGAUGUAUAUCAUUCAACUAAAAAUAAAAAUAACUCAUAUGGCGCAUUUGUUUCAACAAUGGACAUAAAGAAGUCAUCAAGAUAUUAUUAAUUAGUCCAAGAACAUGUAAAAGGCCAAGAAUUAUCAAAUUAUUUAACGCUAAGUGUAGCGAACGCUUUACGGGCAUUUAAAGAGGAGCAUCAAUGCUUACCUGAACGUAUAGUAUUUUAUCGUGCUGGAGUUGGUGAUGGUCAGCUGCACCAAAUUGUAAACCAUGAAGUUAAAGCUCUAGUCAAUAGAUUAGACGAAAUAUAUAGUAGCGUUGGAAGUGCACUUCCACGCUCUGCAUUUAUAGUUGCAUCUAAAAGAAUCAACACACGAUACUUUCUUAAAGGUCGCAAUCCUCCACCUGGUACCGUUGUGAACGAUAUUAUUACUUUACCAGAGCGUUAUGACUUUUAUUAAGUGUCGCAGUCUAUAUUCCAAGGUACGGUUUCACCUACCAACUACAACGUUAUACACGAUACAACUGGAUUUAAGCCAGAACAUAUUCAAAUGCUAACUUAUAAAAUGACGCACAUAUAUGGUAUUAUAAUUGGGCUGGUACCUGCCGCGUACCAGCAGUGUGUCAAUAUGCUCAUAAAUUGGCAUUCUUGGUAGGUGAAAACAUCAACCGUGCUCCAUCUACUG